CCCAUUCGCAACGCCUCCUGUGUGCUCAGUAGAGCGGAGGUCGCUGCAAACCCAAAGCAAUAUAGCAGAGGGGCUUUUCUCCUUUCUGCAUGGGCCGACUGUUUCCCCCGCACCCAACUGCUAAGCACGACCCGUUGGCACGCCAGCUCCGGGUCAGAGCGGGUAAUUAUCGCCAGGCAGCUUGGAACCCCAGCAACUCUCACUUUAGGAGGGCGGAGACGAAAGGCGAAUCCCCUGGCCAAUGAAGGAUCCUGCCUGCCGGCGCAGGGCUCGUCGUCUCGGCUUUUCCUGCCUCCGGGGUGGGGUGUGUGUGUGAAUGAACCCUUCUGGCGUGCUCCAUUUUCUGCGCGCAUCUCCUCGGCUGCCGGCUCCAUCCCGCGUUCGGUUCCCUCCGGCCCAAUCCCGGGGGCCUCGCGCACGCCUCUCUUUCGCACGGAGGCUCCGGCAGAACGAGCUCGGAGCAGCCCGCGCUCCUUCUCGGCGCCGCCACCGCCACCGCCGCGCCCCUCCUGAAGCCCAACCCAGCCGAGCCUCCCGCCGCCCGGGCUCCGCCUUCCCUGCCGCCCGGGCUCCGCCCCCUCCAACCGGCGGGCUCCAGGCCCCGCCUCGCCGGCUGCCCGGCUCGGCUGCUGACUGCUGCUGUUGCCGCAUGCUGUUUCGUGCCGUUGCCGGAGGAGCUGGAAGAUGGCGGAGCCGGACUGCAGCGCGCUUCUGGACGAAGAGCUCUCCUCCUUCGUCUUCAACUAUCUCACCGACAGCCAGUAUGAAGUGUCUGAUGAGGGGCACCUUUACUCGGAUUUCCCAGAGAUCGAUUUGUCCCAGUUGGAUGCCAAUGACUUUGACUCAGCCAGUUGCUUCAACGAGUUGCAGUGGUGUUGUGAGCGCUCCGAAACAGAGUCCAGCCAGUACAGCACGGAUGACUCCGAGCUUUUUCAGAUUAUCGACAGCGAGAAUGAAGCAUUGCUGGCGGCGCUCACCGAGACACUGGAUGACAUCCAGGGAGACGACCUGGGUCUGGCUGCCUUCAGAAAUAUGGACGAGGGGGACAUGCCCAACAGCGGCUGCACGUCACCUACCCCCUCUCCCAAACCUGCCGCCCCUGACACGAGGGGGCCUCCUCUGGCCCCAGAGGUUGAUGAGCUGUCUCUACUGAAGAAGUUGCUACUUUCUCCACCCAACGUGCCUCCAAACUAUGAGGUUCAGAGAGAGGGGAGUGUAUGGCGGCAAGGAGCUCCCAAAUCCAGAGCCCAGCGACCCUGUACAAAGGUGGAUGGUCUCCGAGACAGAAAGUCUAGCUUCCUCCAAGCUCAGAGUCGGAGCUGCACCGAGCUUCAUAAGCAUCUCACUUCUACCGCCACCAUACACUGCCCACACACAAAAACCAGCUGGCCACCAGAUGGGUGCCAUGGCAGCAGCAGCAAUGAGCCCCAGAGACAUUGUGCUCACCAUGGAGAGGACAGUGACUCCAGCGAAGACCUGCUGAAUUACAGCAAUGUUGUGGCAACUCCCUCCUCCUCCUCCUCCUCCUCCUCCUCCUCCUCCUCCUCCUCCUCCUCCUCCUCUUCCUCACUGGAAGGCACGGGUGAGAAGGAGCUGCAUGCUACAGUGGAGCUUAUCCGCUACAUGCAUACCUACUGCCUUCCCCCUAGAAAACUGCCCCCCACAGAUCUUGCAGAUGUGAAACACCAGCAUUUUCACAGCCCCUCCAAGAGAGCAAAGCCAGAUUGCCCCCUGCAAAAGCCUCCCCUCAGUGGCAAGAACAGUUGUCCGUACAGCUCUUGGCAUACUUCGGUGGGUUGCAAACAGUCCAGAGCCCCUUCUUCCAGUUUCUCUAUCCUGAAGGAGCUGCUAGCCAGAGACCUCCCAUGUGAUGUGAGCAAGCCAUACAGAUUGGCCAAGCCUGUGUAUGCCUCCUUGGCCAGGUCACACCCUCCCAAACCCCCAAGAGCUCCACCACUCAAGACUGGGGGAGCUGCAGAGAUGUGCAAGUCUACUGCCAGAAUGCCACCAGAAGUAAAAACUGAGCCCAGGCAGAAUCCCAAAAGCGAGCCUGAGGCCAAGAAAGAGACUGGCAGCCCCACAGAAGAAGGGGGCACAAAGGAAGCGACUGUCCCAGCUCAGCUCGCUUCUGGGAAAGUGGGCCGCAAGCAGGAGAGCUCUGUCUAUGCCGUGCGGCGCUCAAAAAGACUCAACCCCGAACUCAGUCUCUGGCUCUCAUUCCUUGAUGAGUCUCCACCGGAAGCUGCUGUGUCACCUGAGGCAGCAGGGAACACAUUUGCCUCCACAGAGCCCACCCCAUGCCCAGCUUUGCAGAACUUUGAUACAGAAGCACCAGCAGCAGAGGUUGAAGUGAGUGGUGUGGAUGAAGCAGACAGUGGCUGUCAGAGUCUCCCGAUGGAGCUGCAGACCCCCUCACCAGAGAGCUCUGGGGAGAGCGAAGUGUGCGAGAUAAACGAGAGCCAGUGCGGCACCCUUUUGCAUCGAACAGAACCGCCCAGGUGUCUGUCGCUGCCCGUGGCACAAAUAGAACCUUCAUUUGGGAAACGGAAUUUUGAGCAGGUGCUGACUGUAGAACUGUGUGGCACUGCAGGUCUCACUCCACCAACUACUCCACCAUACAAGCCUUCAGAAGAGGACCUGUAUAAGCCAGACAUUCACCAGAGGCCAGCAAAGGAGACUGCCAUUAUCACCAGUUCUGAGCCACAGCCAACUACAGGUGAUGGUGCAACCCCCAGGAAGCACCAGAAGAAGCACCCAGUGCGGACAGAGCUGUAUGCACACCUGAGUCGGGUUGCCAACCACCCUUCUCACCCUGAGCAACAGGGGGUGUUGAAACGCCCCUUCUCACGCUCUUUUGGUGACCAUGAUUAUUGUCAGGUCCUGAAGCCUGAGGCCUCACUCCAGAGGAAGGUGCUGAAAUCCUGGGAGCCCCUGAGCCAUGUGGAAAGCCAACACAAGCGCAGAGUGCCCGAUGUGCACUAUCAAGAGACAAGCGAGGAGAGAGUGGAUGUAGUAGCUGUGAAGGAGGGUAGCAAGCAGCUGAGAGACCAAGAGAUCAGAGCCAGCUUGACAAAACACUUUGGUCUCUUGGACAAUGCUCUAGAUGAUGGGGAGAUAGCCUUUUGCAAGACGCCUGAAUAUGACACCGUCUUUGAAGACAGCUGCAGUGAGAUAAGUUCCCCAUUGGAAGAGGAGGAGGAGGAGGAAGAAGAAGAAGAGGACUGCUGUACAAGUCCAUCAGAAUCCAAGAUGUGUCCCUACAAAAAUCCUCUCCCUAGGGCCAAUUGGCACCAUUGUUCCCGGAGCAGGUCUGGUUCCGAGUCUUCAUGCGGCAGAUCCAGGUCUCCAGCAAGCAGAUGGGCUUUCAGAUGUGAGAAUGGCAAGCAGUGUCAAGAUGGAACUGUGAGCAACCAGGGGCAGAUGGAGAAGAGAAGAGAAAAAGCCAUUGGGGAAGGCCGAGUGGUGUACAUCAGAAACCUCUCCAGCAGUAUGAGCUCCGGUGAACUGAAAAAGCGUUUUGAAGUGUUUGGAGAGAUCGUUGAAUGCUGCGUUUUGACCAGAAAUAAAAGGGGAGAUAAAUAUGGCUUCAUCACAUAUCGGUGUUCAGAACAUGCUGCCUUAUCCCUGAAGAAGGGUGCCUCCCUGAGGAAAAGAAAUGAGCCCUUGUUCCAGCUGAGCUAUGGUGGCUUUGGACACUUCUUCUGGACCAGAUACCCUGACUUGGAUUCCAAUACGGAAGAGUCCUCUCUGGCUCCGGUAAAAAGCAAAUACGAGACCAUGGAUUUUGACAGCCUGCUGCAGGAGGCCCAGGAAAGCCUGCAUCGGUAACAGCCUUAACCUUUGAGGAAUACCUCAAUACCUCAGUCAAGGCACUUCCAAUAUGUUUACGUUUUCAAAGAAAUGAUUAAGUAUACAACAAGAACGAGAGAGAGAGAGAGAGAACGAGAGAGAGAGAGAGACUGCUGUCCCUUUAAAUUGAUGUUUACAUUGAACAAGCUGCUUCUGUCUGUGAGUCCCCAUGGUGUUGAUGUUCCACUGCCACACCUUAGUAUCUUUGCUUCUGACUGGUUGUGUUAGGAUGAGCCCGCAAAAGCCUCCUGUUCCUUCCUUGUCCAACCCGUUUCUCUGACUGGCCCCUCGUCCCCACUUCCGCCGAGGAGUCGCAGCUGUGUUCACCAUACCUUUUUUUCUUUUUUGUCUGUAGUGUGUGAUGAUGAAAUUGUUAAUUGUGAAUAGAAUCAGGAUUGUAAACUAAUUUUUAAUAGAAGAAAGAAAUAUAUACUUAUAAUGUAUUUAUGGCUCAGAUGUACUGUAAUUCGGAUUUAUUGUACCGCUUCCUUGAUUUUUUAACUAUGCACUGUAAUGAGGCACUUGACCCUCAGCAGAUGUGGCCAGUCCAAAAGGAUGCCCCUCAAUCUGUGGCUCAGCUGAAAUUUGUUUUUCCUCUGGUGGAGAAUCCAGUCCUUCCCUUGAAGAAGUAAGGUAUUAUCUAAGGAGUUGGUGGUACAGCUAUAGAAGCCAUUUCUUUUCUUUUGUAUGGGCUGAAUUUUGGGAUCGCCACUCUCCAACUGUUGAUUCCAUGAGACACAACAGCUCACUGUAAUUCCUCAGUCCAGAGCUGGCUCUGGGUAUAAAGGUAUAGAGUUUUUAGAUGGCAAAUUUCUAAAAAUGAAAUGGGAGAAGAGCGGAAGAUUGUCAGGAUGGGGUGGUCAUAAGGUACUGAAGCUCCAUCUGCUUUCCUGAUCAGGGAGACGAGAUGAGACUGCAAAGGUCUGAGAGCCACCUCCAGAAGGGUUAAGCCAAAGGUCCCUUCACAUGAUAUACACCAUAAAAGCAGCUGUUGUUUCACAAGGUCUCAACAAAACAAAAAAUGUGAGAGUUUGAGGUAUAGCAAGAUGGAGACAUUCAUUCAAAGCCAUACAUCACAUCACCAGUAGCCUCAGGAAUAGAUUUGCAUCAUCUGAUCAUCUUACCAAAGCAAAAUCUGCUGCCAGGUAAACAGUGUGAGGCUCUUUCUAUAACACCCAGCAAAAAAGGGGCAAGGGAAAUCUUGCACUUGUGCUAGCCAUGAAUACACAGUGCUCAAAGCUGGCUCAUAGCACGUGAGUCAUUCUGAGCAUCCAUGCUGCAUUGUGAACAGUACUCUCCCUCUGAGCAGAAUUGAGUAAGCCAUAAAACGUUCAAUAACCACUCCAGUUGUCCCAGGAACUUGUGUGUCUCCAUCUAUAAUUCUGUGAAAUUAAUUUUCUUCUCCUUGUCCCCCGGAAGAGGCACAGAUGCUACUGCCCAUUUUGCCUGCAGCUGUUUUCCUUUUUGCUCUAAGCUAAAACUAAUAAAUACUACUACUACUAUUUAUAUACCACUUUUCAACAAAAUUUCCAAAGCAGUUUACAUAGAAAAAUAAAUAAUAAGAUGGUUCCCUGUCCCCAAAGGGCUCACAAUCUUAAAAAAAGAAAGAAAGAAAUAGGUAAACACCAACAACAGCCACUGUGGAGAGGGGGAUGCAGAGCUGAGGUUGGAUAGGGCCAGUUGCUCUCCCCCUGCUAUAAGAGAAUCGCCACUUUUAGUGCCUGUUUGCUCAGUUAGCAGGGGUCAGCUGGUGCCCUCCUCCCCUCCCUUGACUUCAGGUCUGUAAAUCUGUAAGUUCACAGACCUGAGGUGUCCUUGUGCAGGAAGUCAGCAUUGUGUAGGGUGGACCAGGCAAAUGAUUCAUGGAGAAGAGGGCUCUUUGAUGUUGAUCAGGAUGCCCAGCCAGAAUAUGUGUGCCAGUCUCAUGCUCAGGACACUGAGUAAGUGCCAGGGGAAUGGAUCCACUUUGAAAUGGUUACAGCUGUCAUCUUCUAAAGCAGCUCCUAUUCACUGCAGUUGCAGGCAGUCUCCUGUGCUAAAUACACAGCUGCUCUUGGGCUUGGUUUAGACUUUGAAGCAAUGUCCAGGGACAUGAUAAGACAACUAAGAGACCAGUAGAAGCAUCAAGGCACAGCAUUUUUCCAGUGAGGACCAAAUCAUCACCAUCCUAAUUCCUCCAAUAGUCACCAUGUCAUUAGCUGUUUUUUACAAAAAGGCAAGACCUCUGGGAUUCAGCCAUCCCAUGUAGGUCAGUUCUCUUCCCUUAAGGUCUCCUUGGCAUUUUCAUGUAUUUAAUUUGAAUGGCAAGGCAUGCGCUGCCCAAGACAUUGGCCACAGUCUGGCUUAGGCCUAAUUCAGGCCGCCCAAAGGCUUACCUGUGCGUUAUCCCACUGGCAGUACAGUGAGGUGAAAGAGUUAGCCCCUAUGUUAUCCCAUACUAAUUAUUUUUAUCUUUUCAUGUGGAGGUUUUAUAAAAACAAUGCUCAUUCCAUGUGGUAAUUACCAUCACAAUUUCUUGUCUUACUGCAAAAAGUCAUUGUUUGUGUAUUGGCUGCUAACAAGUUGCUUGUGCCACUUCUGUCCAGGAACUGAUGGAGCAAUUGCCAGACCAUUAGAUCCUCCUAUAAUCAGCCCAGAGCAACUCUGGCCCAGAUACGCAUCUGCUAUUGACAAGUGCCUCAUUGUAGCUCUGCCUUUUUCUGUCCUAGUAUUUCCUCUCCACAAUGAUGUUUACAUGUGAUUGCUAUAGAGCUUACUGUAGAAUGUACAUAGCGACACUUUUAGGGUGGGUAGGACUGUCCUGUCCUGUGCUGUACCGAUGUUUUCAGAGAACAAUCGAACAGGAAACAAAUUUUUAGUAACCACCCCAACAACCAAUAAGUGGAAUUCUUCCAUCUCCUGGCUUGGUUACAAAAGUGGAUCAAAGUUCACACCUGGCUUUGGUCAGAGAGAUGGAAAAUGCAUCAAAUUUUAAGCUUGUUGAAAGUGUUGAAUGCAGCAGCGGAGGAGGAGAAGGAAGAGUCCUUCUGCUAUCUAGAAGGAGUUGCCUGCAGUGCGAGUCACCUGCGAACACUGGUUUGUAGUGAUCUGAUUGUAGAUCUCAAGUUACUUUUAAGAGGCUGGAACUUGCCAAUGAUAUUAGCGCAUGCAAACACAUGCUCUUGGAGGAGGAAGGAAGAUCCUGUAACGCACACAGCCUCUCAAUCCUAGGCAUAGGAAGAGGUGCAAUAAGUGGUCUUUGUGUUGCCUGAAGCCUAUACAAAAAUUUAUUUUUAUUAUUUUGCGAGAAACGUCACUAGGACUUUAUGCAAUAUGCACACGUGCACAAACGCACACACAUUUGGGAGAAGGGUAAUGGUGGGGUACUGAGCCCCACACACUGCUGCUGGACACAGCAAUAGCUGUGAAUCCAGUAGCAUUGAAUGUAGAACCUGAAUGGUAUGGCUUGAAAAGCACGCACAUUUAAUGCUGGUUAUGGCAAACCAGUACCUGUGGCUUAUAUUCAUGGCUUUUUGGAAGCGCACACCUAAGUUCAUGUUAACAGUACAGGGAACAGUGCAAAAAACCCCUUUGCUCUUAUUUGCACUCCUGGUAACUUGGGUGGUUGCUGUUCAUGAUGGGGGCAGUUUUGGGGAGAGAUCUAUAGCAACGUAUUCCAGGAGACCAGAACUCACUGAAUAUCCUUAGUUUUGAAUAGCAGCAAGCUGCAGUGCUCCAUAUGCACUGCAAGAAGUAGUUCGGGGAUGCUGCUGAUUACAGUCCCAAUUAUGUACAGCAGAGGAGGUAGUAGGAUCAUAUUGGUGUAAUAGUAGUCCUGCUUUACACCCAUAGGUCAGAUCAACAGAGUGGGUGGGUCUAUAAUAGGCCUAGAGAACUUGUGACCCAUCAAGCCAAACGUAGACCACCAGCCUGCCAGGGACUCAAUACGUCGCCUAUUCAUGCUCCCUGCCUGGGACUGCAAAAUGUGGCCGGGGAGUGGGGAAUGAUUGGGGGAGGAAUAUCAAAUAUCUUGUAGGCAUCAGUAUGUGGCUAGAGUGAUCAGCUUGGUGGGCCGUACAGUCCUGUCCAUACCAAUGUGAGCAUUUUGCUCAUACUGCAGGAGCAAAUUCUUUUCACUUUGGAAGACCACGGUGCAGUCCCCAGGGCUCACUAACUAAGCCUGGAAGUAACUAGUAUAUGUAAUACAAUUUGCUGACUUAAUGCUGUGAAGGGGAAAGAAAAGGUUAUCCAUUCUUUAGGGGAGAAGAACUGAAAUGAGCUUUAUGUCUCACUAUAGCCAUCACUGCCAGUAAUGUUUGGGCAGAUUCAUCUUGGAGCAGUUUUCUUCAGCUCACUUUGAGAUGACAGGGACAGUAUAUUUAGGCUCCUGGCUAAGAAUGGCAGAGUGCCUAUUAGCUAAGGAAGGGAACUGAUUACCUUGAUGGUCACUUUCCCUGUCCCUUUAAAAGAGUCUGCUCCUUUGUCUCCCCACCCCCCAAAUAGUCUUUUGCAGGAUCUGCCUAUUUCCUCCCCUGUAUUUUUCUCUUGAUAAUAUGCAUGACGCCAACAUCCCCAUGUUCAAGGGGUAGGCCUAGCCAUAACAACGAGCAGCAGAACAAACCAAGCCCUUGGCAGAUCAGAUGAGAAACCAAAUAAGGAAAGAAAAUUCAUUUUCUAGGAUGUUUCAGGAAAAAAGGGUGUAUUAAGAAAGGCAAUCAUGAGGGAGACAUUUAUUUUUUUAACUAAAACAAUAUAUAUAUAUGUGGGUGCCUGUAUGUGUGUGUUUUGAGAGAGCGAGAGAGAGCCCUUCUAACUUCCUUUUUUUCUUUUAAAUCAGGAAAAAUACCUUAAUGAUAGGAAUAAGUCAUAAGCCAUUUUCUUACCUUAUCCCUGAUCCUUUUAAUAACCAUUGUUUUAUGUGAAACACAAAUCAAUAUUGCUAAAUUCAACAAGUGAAACCUUUGGAGGAAGAAAAAAGAAGAAGAAAGUAACAGCAGAAAAAGACUGUGCACAGAAAAGCCGGCUUCCAGAAUCACUUGACUGACACAUUCAUCCCAUAUUUCUUCUCAGAACAAUUUCUCUGAGCGUUGCUACCUCCAUGAAACUUUCCUGUUGGCUUUUACGCCUUACCUUUCCAUGGUUAGUAUCAGAUUUUCUCAUUAGCCCAUGUUGAAAAGCCUUAGAGGAGUUUCUGUGUGUAUGACUCUUUUAUUUUCAUUUUCCAGAUGAAAAUAUGUCUAUCAUGAGCUGAGCAUUUGUUCUUACAACAGGGUAGUCCAUCUGUGACGCUCUUUAGCAAUAUAAGUAUGCAAAGCCAUUUGCUUUCCAUUUGACUUUUUAAAUGAAGAUUCUACAGACAACUGUAUGUCAAGGCCUCAUUUAAAUGAAAUACUUACAUUCCCUUGAUUUGAUGUUAGAUUUCCCAUGAUCCCUUGCACCACUAAGACUAAUUCCAAUUAAUCAUUCUAAUGUGGUUGUUGGCCUAUCCAUAACAUUUUCAUAUAUGAUUACAGGUAGUGUUAUUUUGGGGCAGUGUACACACCUGCCCCCAAAUAACCUGGGGUUUCUGCAUUUUGCAUUUACCUUCAGACGACUGCAAGUCUACAAUUAGCAGCGACUGGAGGAAAUGCUCUAGAGCUAAGUAGCUACCAUGGGGUAAAACUAAUUUAUUCUAGGAUAAAUGCCACAAAAAAGUCACAUUUACAUUUAUGAUGCACCUAAUGCAAGAAUAUCAGAGUACUACCUGUAUCUGGAUUGUACCACCAAGCUACAGGUGGGGGCUCACAUGAUGGAAUGCUCUUCCAUACAUUCCCUGCACAUAGAAAACUAGCAUGUCAGGGAUACAAUUAUGGCUAGAACCUCAGUGAAACUAGGUUUAUAUGGCCCAGUGUAGGAAGCAGAGUCUCAGACUCUCAAUCAAUGAGGUAGACCAUAUAACAUGCAUCAGCCUUAGGUUCAUUUGCCCUUGGGAUGCAUGGCUUAUGUAAACCAUGCAUAAGCUAUGAUCCAAUGUGCACCUGGAGAUCCACAAAAUCAGGGGCUGUCCCUUUUCUAUUGCUUAAAGCAUUUCCCAACUUUGAAGAGAAAGAGCAAUCUAGCUUCACAGAGCUCUGUGAUGUGUAUCAGAACAACCCACUGGACUGAGGUGCUUAAUUUUAAAAGGUCACUUUACAUUGAAGUUUUUUAAAAAUCUGGAAAGCUGUUUUAUUUUCUGCGUGGAAGAAUCUGUGUAUAUGAUGUGCAUAGCAAACAAACACCUGCAGAGUCUGGUUUCAAUACAGCCAUUGGUGCUUUAGAGGCAUUAUUUAUUAGAAAGCUGAACAAGAAUGAAUUAAUACCACUAUUUGCAAUGUGUGUUUAUGAGUGUAUGUGAGCCAGAGAGAGUGCAGAAGACUAAAUUGAUGCAUUUAUUGAGAACGGUGUAAGAAUUUCACCUAAAAGAGGGGCACAUUUGUGAUGUUAUUUAUAAUAAAAGUUAGAUUAUACUUUUUUUGUUUUUGAAAAGAACACUGCUAAUAAUUAGAAGGGCCCAAUUCUGCCUCUCUUUUACAUGUAUUAACUAAGUGGUAACUUACUCCUGGUAAGUAAAAGCAGCAGGAUUGGCCCCUUUUGUAAUUUUUUAAAAAAUCAAGUUUUUAGUUUGCUGUUUUAAAAAAAGUAAUAGAGAAUUUUUAUAUUUCACUUAAUUUCUCCCCCAGUUGUGUUCUGUUGUGUCCUUAUUUAUGUAAUAUACUUUAACCUUAAUUGGCAUAGAUUCCUAUGCCUUUCCUUUGUUAUUGUCAUUUUUUAAAGAAAGAUUUCUUUCUAGUGUGAUUUCAACGUCUACCUUCUAAAUGAGAGAACGUUUUAUUGUAUUUUUACAUUGUCAGAUUCUAUAGUUUCGUAGAUGAUUUAACCAAAUUGCUCAAUGUAUUCUCUAUAUCUAUCUGGUGGGUAUAUAAAAGUUCUAUUUUAAAUUGUGUAAAUACUUCAGAACUGGCUUCUUUUUGAGACUCCCUCGCUGUGGAGUUACUUGUUUACAUCACAAAGACUGUAGAAUCUCUACAUUCAUGUACUGUAAAUAGUGAAGUGAUCUGCCUAUAAAUAAACCAUAACAAAUAUACUACUA